AUGUACGGAGAAUUUAGAGACGGCUGCAUAAUUUCGCUGCAGCUCCACAACUUUCAAACCUACUCAGACAUAAAAUUCGAUUUUCAUCCGAAGUUGAACUUCAUCGCCGGUCCGAACGGCUCGGGGAAAAGCACCGUAGCAAAUGCCAUAGCAUUCAUUUUUGGCGGGGGCACAAAGGUGCUGAACAAGUCGAAGGAUCUUAUGGACUUUAUAAAGUUCGACACGGACAACUCGUACAUUGAGGUAAAGAUCAAGCACCGGGGCAAGGUGCUAACGGUGCGGCGGGUGCUAGUCCCCCUGAAAAACAGCUCGCUGUGGCUUCUCAACGGAAGCUCAACGGCAUACACCAAGAUACAGCAGAUAUAUGCGGAACUGAGGAUAAACAUCAACAACAUUUGCAAUUACCUGCCGCAAGAAAAGGUGGCAGAGUUCACGCGGUUUUCUCCCGAGGAGCUGUUCAGAACAUUUGUUGAAACGUACCACGAACAGGAUAUGGUUGAAAAGAUAAACACGCUGAUAGACAUGGAGAGCUCAUAUGAUGGCCUGUCGGGCGAUCUCGAGAAAAUAUUGUGCAACAAGAGGGCUGUCGAGAAAGUCAUAAGCAGCAUGUCCAGGGACAUCGAGAAGGCGAAGGAAAGAGAAGAGGCACAGAAGAGGAUAGAACUGAUAAAUAGCAAGAAAAAGUGGCUGAUCUACGAAUCGGAAAAAAAGGAAUAUCUCAUGCUAAAGACCAACUCGGUUAAGAUAGACAACGAAAUCGGAGAGAUGCAGAGAGAGAUCGAGGAGUGUGACAAGAGAAUCAGAAGCAGCACUGAUAGCAGGGAGGCCAGGGAACAUGAGAGGAAACUGGCAGAGAUUAGGGAAAGCAAUGCGGCAUUGCAGAGAUUCGUCAGGAACAUCGAGGACUACAUGCACGACAAGGACAAAAUUGGAGUGGACGUGAAGUCGAACGAGAAGAAAAGGGAGAGUGCGCUGAAGAAGACAGAUGCACUAGAGGUAGAAAGGCUCAACAAUAUAGAGAAACUGGAGAACUUUAAAUUGCCAGAUAGACCACCAAUGAGUGUUAAUAAGGACUUUGACAGGGUGGAGCAGGAGAUGAUCGGGUUGAAACAGGAGCUGGCUGAGCUGCACAGACAGGGAUGCACGAUUGCAAGCGAAGUGGAGGAACUGACGAAAAGAAAGAACCUUAUCGUUGAUAUAGAGCUGAGAAGACUUGAAAUACUGAAGCACUACCAUCGUGACACGUAUGCAGCCGUGGUAUGGUUGAGGAGCAACAAGGAUAAGUUCUGCGAUGAGAUUAUUGAGCCGUGCAUACUGAGCUUGUCGCUCAAGAACACAAAGUUCAUGAACGAGAUCGAGGGCUUCCUCUCGUACCAGGCACUCACGUCGUUUAUAUGCAAGGAUUUCAGGGACUUUGAGCUGCUCAUGAAGACACUGAAGGACAAGAUGAAGUUGGCGAUAAACGCGGUGGAAUGCAAUUUUAAGGCAGAAAAGGCACCCUACACAGGAGAACAGAUCAGAGCACUGGGAUUUGACGGAUAUCUCAUCGAUUAUGUGGAUGACCGGAAGGAGGUUCUUGAUUUUCUGUCGUCUAUGCUCAAUUUCACAAGCAUUCCCGUCACAAAGAACGAUUUGGACGAGGUAGCGGUCUUUAAAAAAUACAACUUCGCAAAAAUGGCCGUGAACAACAGGUACCUGGCCAUAAAGAAAAACAGGUACGACCACCGCGACUUUACAAUAAUAGAGAACAAGCUUCCGAAGCUGAAUCUGUUCAACAAAUUCACAUCGCACGACGAGCUGGCUACCCUGGAGAGAAAGUUAAAGGAAAUAGAGGGUAUGAGGGCCAGCAACCAGAGCAUGUAUAAGGAGAAACUUGAGAAGGUGGAAAAGAUCAAGUCGUAUUUUGAGAAGAUCAAAGCAACGCGGGACGAAGAGAAAAUGAAGAUGUACGAAUACGAACGAAAAAUGGGGCAUAGAGAAAGACUCGUGAACGAAAUCAAGAGCCAGGAAAUCCAGCUGGAGCGAAGCCGGGAUCUCAGCGUGUUUGAUGCGCAGCAAAAACACCUGAAUAGCGUGAUCGAGGGUAUCGAGGUGAAAAUCAGGACCGAUUUUGAGCGAUUAAAGUCGUUCGUUACGGAAACAGAGAAGGAUUUCUUCCGAAUGGUAAUGGAAACUGCGAGAAUGCAGCAGCGGUGGCACUCGCUCAUGGCAGAGAUAAGGGACUUGGAAAUAAAACGGGAGGUGAAGAAACACAAGAUUGAUGAGCUGGGUACGAAAAAGGCGUUUUUCGACAAAGAAAGAGAAAACAAAAAAAAGAGGAUCAAUCAAAUCAAGACAGAGCUGGUGAAGUACACGACCGAAGAGAUGCCGUACGUUACGGAGCUACCGGAGGAUAUCGAGCAGCUGGAGAAGCGCAUGGCCUCGGAACUAGCAAAGAUUACAUUUCUGAACGCCGACAAAAAGGUGCUCAAGGAUUACAAGGAGAAGGAAAAGCUGCUGAACGACUUCCAUUUAAAGGAGUUGGAAAUAGAAAACACGCGGAAAGCCUCCGAUCAACACAUAAGCAAUCUCAAGGAAGAACUCAUCGGCAGUUUAAACGCGAAAGUCGCGAUUGUGAACAGCAAUUUUUCGGCUUUCUUCCAGAAAUUGAACUUUGACGGAAAAGUGGAGCUCGAAACCGAAAACACAAAGGCGUCUAGAUGGAAACUGAGCAUCCUGGUGAGGUUCAGAAAAGAGGAGCCAAUGCAGCAGCUGUGCUCAUACAUACAAAGCGGUGGAGAGCGCAGUGUUUCCACAAUAAUCUUCCUUCUCUCACUCCUCGAGGCAACACCUGCUCCGUUCAGGCUUGUUGACGAGAUCAACCAGGGAAUGGACGCGUACAAUGAAAGAAUGGUGCACAGCAUCCUCAUCAACCUGAUCAAGAGCGAAGACUCACCGCAGUUCUUCAUCAUAACGCCAAAGCUUGUGAACGAUCUCGAUUUCAAUGACAGCAUGCGCAUAUUCGUUAUAUACGCAGGUACGUUUGGCAGAAUGCGGAACAAAUUCGACGAAUACAAGACCACACUUCUGCAGUGA